GACCUAGGUGGUCGGGGGUUGCAUUUUUGUCAAUGGCGGUUCAUUCCCUCUCCAAAAAGGUGGGUUAGAGGUGCCACGCCCACUUACCUUUCGCCCACCGCCCCUUUAACGAACGACCAUAAAGGAAAGCCAACCCAAAACGACUUUGGAAAGCAGUUUUUAUUUCUAAAAUAAAACGUUUCGAUUUCGAUUUAUAGCCAUUUCUUAAUACAAACAUGAUCAAACAAUUUGAAAAUGUGAGGUCCCUAUUAAAAAUCAGCCAAUACAAAAAAGGAACAUUCACAAUAAAUGAUAUUUUAGCUUGGGACAUUGUAGUCUGGCAGCAUUUACUUGCUUUUUUUGAUAGCAGAAAACAAAAUUUAGUUUGGGUGAAAAGUUUUGUUUUUUAAUAAUUUGCUCCAAAUUCCAAUCAAGUCGAGAGCUGUUAUAAAUAUAUAAACGGGCGUGCUCUCCACGAGCACAUUUUUUUGAAACUAAGACUCUGGACGAAGUUGAACACCCCUCUACUGAUUUCUUCACUGAACUCUGUAAAUGGACACAAAAUUCUAAAUUACCACCACUCUGGAACGUUGACAUCUCUUUUGCCAAAUACACUUAACUUUACAUUAUUAAUAUAUGCACUCCCGUAUAUAUAUAUUCCCGCACACCACCUAUCCAUAAACUAAAAAAGUCUAGAUCAGCUUUCCCCCAAACUGUCCUGGUUACUGGCCAUUCCCUGUUGUUUUACUGCAAAUCCGACACAUUGGUAACAAAAAAAAAGCAAAAACAUACAAUGUCGGAUAUUUUUACAAAUUUCGAUAGCAACGGCGCUUGCGAGGACUCGCAGGAUAUAAUUAUGGCAUCGCCAUCUCAAAGCAGCCCUUUGACCAACUCGAACUCUAACUCUGUGGGGCUUGGUUCUGCAAGUACUACGGCCGGUGGUAGUAGCGGUGGCGCACAGAAUGCAAGCUCUGCCAGCGCAAGCACUAAUGGAACAGCUAGCAGCAGUGGAAGUGGUGCAGGCAAAUCUGGUGCAGGUGCCGAAAAUCAACCGAUUUUGACCAAACCACGCUUGCUUGAACUGGUGCGUGAGGUCGACGUAACAGCACAACUGGACGAAGAUGUCGAAGAGCUUUUGCUACAAAUUGCUGACGAUUUUGUUGAGGACGCUGUAAAGGCUACUUGUGCAUUUGCCAAACAUCGAAAAGUGUCCAAAGUGGAGGUGCGUGAUGUACAACUACAUUUAGAACGCAAAUGGAAUAUGUGGAUACCUGGGUUUGGAACCGAUGAGUUGCGACCAUAUAAGCGAGCAGCUAUUACGGAGGCACAUAAACAACGAUUAGCACUUAUACGGAAAACAAUUAAGAAGUAUUGAAUAGUUAUAACAAAAUGGGCGUAGUGGUCAACUUCUGAUUCUUCUUUACUAAAUAUACAAAGUUAUGUAGCUUAUAAGAUUUUUUAUAAAACAAUAUAUCAGUGGUAUAGUUUCGACUUAA